AUGUCCGAAGCUGCUACUCUCCGGUCCUUGGUGGUCUACUCGCGACAGAUCUCCCGGGUUGGGCGGACGGAGAAGAACACGGCGCUAGCGGAUGCCAGGCUGCUGGAUGACAUCAAGAAUCUGCAGGUCUCAAGGCGGCUCAUGCGCAAGAUGAAGCGGCAGGAAAGGGAGCAGAAGAGGCUGGAGGCUGGCAAGCCGCCUCUCCGACGGCGUCGACGGCGGAAUGCAGGUGGCAAAGGAAGCAGAACGAACAGCAAGGGACGCAGUUCCAGCAAGACGAAGAAGGAGGACCAGGAGGAGCAAGCAGACGCCGGCAGCUCUUCCAGUUCCAGCAGCGACAGCUCUGGCAGCAGCAGCGAUGAUGAUUAUUCCGACAGCGAAGGGGAUGAGAGCGAGGAUCAAACGGACGACGAGAGUGUGCAGGUGGAGGGUCUUCAAGAGGACCCCACGCAAGAUGCUGACGUCUUCGAAAGCUGCCGAGCUGAGAGCGUCGCCACGCCCCUGACGCUGGGUGAAAGCACAGAAUGUCCAGACGAUGCGCAGCGCGCGACGCCCUUGGAGAUCGGUGUGACACCCCCGCUUCUGCCGUUCCCUGAAGAGCCAAAGGACGCAGACACCGAGCCCUCUGAAUCCCCGAUCCUCCCCAUUCGCACGGUGAGUGGUGCCUCGAUCUCUUUGGGACCGCAAUGGUCGCGGGUUGGUUCGAAGGCCAGCGUGGCAGGUGAGAGCUCCCAUGAGCGGUACCUCAUCGAGGAGGCUGCAGAUGUGGAGGCAAAAGCUGUCGUUCAUAGCAGCGUGGACUGGCAAGCCACGGCUGCUGAGUUCAUGGUGGGUCGCCGUGCCGAGGACUACGUGGUUCUGGAUCGGGACCAGCUGAUCGUGCCCAUGUUCCAUGAAGAUUGGACCCAGCAGCUGCACUCCACUGUGGAAUUCCCCGUCACCAUCCAGCAUCGCGAGGCACCUCUGGUGGUGGAGUACAGCACCCAAUGGACGAAGGUGGUUGGAUCGUACAUGGCGGGGCGUGACCUCGAGGACUACGACGUCUUUGACAGCCGUGAGGAGUUGAUUCCACUCUUCGAGGAGGUUUGGAAGCCGUCUAUGCCGUUGCCAAGCUUCCCCAUAAGGAUCCAGCGCAAGGAGUCGGGGCCAGGAUCGCCUACGGGAACCAGUGCCGUUUCUUCCCGAGAUGCCAGCAAGAAGAGGACCACAGCCGCACGGCGUCGGCGGUAUGGGAACGCCAUCUUCUGUUGGGAGGAAGUGGAAGGUCUCACGGACGAAGCGACGCCGGAGCCUGGUGAUCCGGCGAGGACCUUGACGACAGAUGCCGAAGCCCUCCAGGCCUUUGACGACCUAUUCAACGAAGGUAGCGAAUCCAGGACGGAUUGCUUCGUUGACCAAAGCUUUGCCUGGCUAGAGGAGAGCGUUCUACCACAGAAGGUGAAGCUCAACCUGGAAAAAUGUCGGAGCCGACCAUUGGGCCAGGUUCCGAUCAAGAUGCCAUUCCUUCUGCGGAGGGGGCGCUUGAGGGCCACCACGGCCUUCAGUACCCCGCGCCAGUACGAAGUUGAUUCUGAGGAAGCAGAGUCGACACUUGGGUCUGUGAAGCGCGUGAGGAAAGCGCACGACAACUGCCCAAGCCUGGACGAGGUCUGCGAGCUGAGGGAGCAGAAUGCCGAGUCAGAAAGGAUCAUUCACUCCUGGCGUGAGAACAAGGCGGCCGCUCCGAUUCCAAAGCUCUCCUUGAAGCCGGUCUUGGGCAGAAGCAAGGUGCCUUGGGAGGACUCGCCGCACCUAGCCAACAUGCCUUUUGGGCACAUCGCGAAGCCCCGCUUCAACCGCUUCCCACCUGAUUUGGAGCCUCGAAGUCAGGCAGCGCAGUCCUCGACAUCCGGCAGUGCCCGGCGACACCUUCGAGGCACGCAGAUGCUCGGAAAGACGAGAUCACGCCCUUGGCAAGUGAAGGACGAGAGAAGACAGAUGUUUCCACUGGUCAGCUUUCACCGCAGCUUGUGCAAAGUGCAAGUCUGA